CUGAGAUGGUAAGAACUAAGGACUCUUUCUUCUUCUUCUUCUUCUUCUUCUUCUUCUUCUUCUUCUUCUUCUUCGUCUUAUCUUUAGUUUUCUUUCCUUUUCUCUUUCUGGGAUUGGUCAAAUCAUUCAUGAAUUUCUUUAAAAUUCAAUAUACAGUUAUACACAAACUAUAUUUGUAUAGCAUUUUUAAAUUUCGGGGUGAACUAUGAACAGGGGGUGGAAAAUCCAAUGUCGUCUAUCCAUCAAUGUGAAGCAGCGGGGUGUUUUGAUGAAGAUCAGCUGGAAGCUGCUCUAGCCGAAUUAGAGGCCUCUCAGCAGUGCUUCUUCUCCUCGGAGACCAACUCAUCAUCUUCAACCUUUGAUAAUCUCCCCAGAAGCAGCUCCGCUACCAGCUUGAGCUCAUCCAUGGAAGCUCACCAGAUGCCUGGGCUUGAACAGAGUCCCAUUAUGUCAACUCCCAUGCCCGACCCUGUUUCGCCUAUGAUUCUCUCUUUCGGCGAAGAUGUGAAUUUUCCUGAAAUUUCCCAGCAACCCCAUAAAAGUUUUCCAGGCAGCUUCAACCACGUUCAGGUGCAGCAGCCCCAAAUUCCAAUUCCCCAAACUCAAUUUGUUAACCAUAGUAGCUGUGAAGAGGCAAAUACCAAAGCUGGCCAGGGCCCUAAGAGGAACGGCACCAGUACCGCUAUGGCUACAAAGUCACCAUCUCGGCCCCAAGACCACAUAAUCGCAGAACGACGACGGCGAGAGCAGCUCAGCCGCGGUAUUAUUGCUCUUUCAGGCAUCAUUCCGGGCCUCAAAAAGACCGAUAAGAACUCGGUACUAGGAGAGGCUAUCAAGUACUUGAAACAACUUCAAGAGCGAGAAAAGAUGUUAGAGGAACAGGCAGCAGCAAGUCAACCCACCGCAGAGUCGGUGGUGAUUGUCAAGAAAUCGCAGCUUCUGCACGGAGAUGACGAUGGGAGCUUCACCUCGGACGAGCAUUUCGAUUACUUGUCCGAUAUGUCGCUCCCGAGAGUCGAAGCUCGAGUAUGCAACAAGAAUCUCCUCUUGAGAAUUCACUGCGAGCAGCAUAAAGGAGUUUUGGUGAAGACACUGGCAGAAAUAGAGAAGCUCAAUCUCGUAGUAGUCAACAGCAAUGUUGUGCCUUUUGGAAGCUUGGCUUUUCAUAUAACCAUAGUGGCUGAGAUGGAAGAUGAAUUCCGCAUGACGAUAAAGGAUCUUGUCAGAAGUCUCCGCUCAACUCUCCGCGCGAUCAUGUCAUCAGCCCAGUGAAACCAAGUGGAGAGAGAUAUUCAUGAGGAUCGAUUUGGGUUUAAAAAUCUAAAUGUACAAUUAGAAUAUUAAAUCAUCAUGCAAGUGGAGAGAGAGAGAGAGAGAGAGAGAGAGAGAGAGAGAAUCUUUUCUAAAUGUAUAAAAUGUAUAUUAUUCUUCUCUGGCAGUGCGAUUUGCAGCCUUUCUAUUGGAUGCACCUGCAGAGGGAUCCGCCAUAUCAUAUGUACUAUGCAGUUUUAAGCCAUAAAGAAAGAGAGACCACACCAAGAUUUACAUUCG